AUGUCUGGCCUUGACUGUGCUCCAUCUGAUGCGCCUCUCGACCUUGCUGCACUUCGCGUCGCGCGGAAUGUCUUCUGCAGACUCUGGAUUUACCAACAUUGCGAGAUUGAUAGGUCCUGGGUCACCCAAAGGGAAACCCCGUGGGUCCAUGUACUGGAUGGUCCCCACCAAGAUCUCACCUGUUUCCUGGAAGCCGUGAUGCAAUCUCUGUUCGGUGUGAUAGGAAUAGAGAAUUGCCUGUAUGAUGGGAGCGCGUACGGGGAAUUGGUGCAAGCGGCGACCGGUGGGGGCCUCGAGCUGGUCUCCUACCACUGGGGUCAUUACGCGCCUACCUUGGCCCGAUUCCACCAGGAGAGCCGGGAGCGGGCGCGGAAGCUUUUGGAUCCCGAUCUCUGGCUGACCUCCCCUUCGAAAGACUGGAAGCCUUCGCCAGACUGGAAGGGGCGUGCCAUCGCCACUAUGCUCGAUUUGAACGAGAGCCUCGAGGCCCUGGGUGAUCCGCAGGUCGAGGCGACCAUCCGAGCCUGUAUUCAAAAAUAUGUCGGAGCCGCCGCCGUUGCUCGUAUGGGCACUGAUCACACGCAGCAACCGCGCCAUCCCACCCCGUUCAAACAUGGCCACGAGUGCCAGGUCUGUUGCCGCCCGCUGGGAGACAAACUCGAGGCCAUCUUCUGGUGCAAGCGCCACUGCGGCUUCGCCGCGCAUGUCGACUGUAUUCGGGAGUGGUGUCGGGGACGGCCGGACGCUUCCGCCCCGUACCGAAACACCUGUCUGCAUUGUCGUCAACCCUGGCUGAGUCCCUGGGGAAGUUGUGCCCCGAACUCCUGGGGCGACGGCGUCACGUGCCCCUGCCGUCGCAGACGGCCGACUGACGCCCAUCGCGAGGCGUUCCUGGCCCAGACUCACAAGGCACCGCGUCAGACGUCGGAAGGCUUGCCUGAGCGGCCUGGCCCGCCACUCGAGUGGCAUAGUUUGUACUAG